UCAGCCCUCCCAUGCUUGAAACUACUGAAAUUGUUUGCGUAUCUGAAAGAUGUUUAGCUCAUUUUCUUAUCAUAAAUGCCUGUUAGAAGACAGAUAGAAGACUUCUCAUUGGGUUUGUGCAAGCCUUAAAGACACUGGUCAAACAGGAUUCCCAGUCAUUCAUAGUGGCGAAGGAACUCAGAUUCAAGCACUUUACACUGUCUGUGGAUCCAGAAUCAUAAACAUCUGCUCUGAACAUUAGUGAUGACUUCAGAGGAGAAGUUGUGGGACAGUCUGAAGGCUGAAACAGAGAAAGAAACCUUUGAACUGGAAUCAUCACUGAGCUCUGAGAUUGAUGAACUAUACGAAAACGUAAGAACAAACUCAGAUUCACCAAGCCUCAAAGCAGAGGCAGAGGAAUUGCGCAUCAUGUUACUGGGGGCAAGGGGGUCUGGAAAAAGCUCAACUGGAAACACCAUCCUCAGGUGGAACGCCUUCAACACGGACAUGCAACUGAGCAGAGUCACACAGUUCUGUGAAAGAGCAUCCGGAAACAUCAACGGCCGGCCCGUGGCCAUAAUCGACACGCCGGGACUGAAUAAGAUCAAUCGAAUAGAGAAGGAGGUGGUCAGGGAGAUCAUGAAAUCUGUCACGCUCUAUAAACCAGGACCACAUGUGUUUCUGCUGGUUCUGCCGGUGGGAAAUUUAACCAAUGAGGACAAGAACAUGCAUAAGCUGAUUCAGGACAUGUUCGGAAAGAAUGUUUGGAAUUACACAGUUGUUCUGUUUACACAUGGAGAUCGACUAGAAGGGAAGAUGCCGAAUGACAUUAUUGCCAGCUCAGAUAAAGACCUUAGAGACUUUAUUCGCACUUGCAGUGGUGGAUUUGUGUUCUUCAAUAACAAGAACACAGGAAACUUUAAGCAAGUGACUAAACUUCUGGAGAAGAUUGAUACUUUGGUGGCCAUCAAUGGCAGAGGCUGCUAUACAAAUUCGUUUUACCCGACUUCAGAGAGAAAGAUACGUGAAAAACAAGAGAAGAUUCUGGAGGAGAGACAGGAGGAGAUAGCACGAAAAGAGAGAGAGCUGGAAGAGAAUUAUGAAGAUGAGGAGGAGUUAGAGAAGAAAAAGCGUGAGCUCUGGAGAGAGGAAGAGGAAGAUGCACGGAAACUAGCUGAGAAUCCACAAAAACGCAAAAGUCUGACAGUGAAACUCACCAAAGCCCCCACAUCUGUAACAAAAUCACAGACCAUUCAUUAAUUUAACUGAUCUAACUGUAUGGGAACUAUCUGAAGAUUAAUGGAGAUAAUGUAAUAUUGUCUGUAGAUGAUCAUCUAUAAUCUGCAUUAUUGAGGUUUUACAUUGUUGCUGCAUAUUGUUGUUGUGUUGUUUUAUUUAGGUGCCUCAUUAACUGUGUAUGUAAUAACACUUCAUUGACACUGAAUAACCUCUGCUUCCACAUGUAAAAAAAAGUAAGAAUCUUAAAUUGAAAAUACCAUGAUACUAUUAUGAACAUUUUUAAAUUAUGAAACAAUUCAACUGGCAGUAAUCUCCAGUGCUAUAAAAAACUGGAUUAUUCCUACUGUAUUCCAUGAGCAGUUCUGUUUCUGACAUUCACUCUUACUGAUUUUCAUGAUUUAAUGCUGCCCUCUUCUGGUAAUGACUGUUAGCAAGUGCAAAUUUGGCUUGAAGGGGAAAAAUUACCUAUAGACCACUUUGGAGAAGACGUCACAAUGACGUCACUUGCAGCUGCGCGCGCAUACUGGUUGCAGAAAAAUAGUUGAAGCUAUUGAAGA